AUGGAGAGCCUUUGCUGUGUUCCCUGUCACUGUGGAACCCCGCAACCUUUGACCUACCCUGGCCCCUGGAGACACUGUCAACAACAAAACUGGUUGCAAAACAUGGGAGCUCCCAUUUUCCUAGCAGGGCCUAGGGUACCAGCAAAUGUCUCUCAUCCCUGUCUGGACCCUUACAACAGGGUUCAGACAGGGAUGUUUCCACUUCAGGCUGUUUCUACUCAGAUGAACCCCAACCUGAGUCUGCGGCUAUGCACGGCCAACACCAAGGAGGUGGGCGUACAGGUGAGCCUUCGAGUGCACAAGUCAGUGCAGUGCUCACUGGGGUCACAGACACUAUACAGCAGUUCCCUCUCUGACAGAAUCAGCUCCAGGCACCCCACCGAAGCUUGGGGAGUAGGGCGGAGAGACUUGAUCCGGCGACCCCAGCCUGGGGAAAACAAUGGAAACCAGAAGCUCACAAGACCUACAGAGGCCGAUCAGCUGUUGCAAUCUCCAUGGAGCCGGGCCAGGCAGGAGCAGCUCCCACCGCUGAAGGAAUUGAGGGAGGAAUAUGCCCCCAGCCCCCAGGACAGGAAGAACAAGCAGUUUUUGGAACCAAAAUACGGCUAUUUUCACUGUAAAGAUUGUAAGACGAGAUGGGAGAGUGCUUAUGUGUGGUGCAUCACAGGUACCAACAAGGUUUAUUUCAAACAGCUCUGUAGCAAGUGCCAAAAGAGUUUUAACCCUUACCGAGUAGAAGCGAUCCAAUGCGAGACUUGCUUAGGAGCCUGCUGUUCCUGUUCUCAGAAGAAAAGACACAUCGAUCUCCGGAGGCCACAUCGCCAGGAGCUCUGUGGUCACUGCAAAGACAAGAAAUUCUCCUGUAGUGUCUUCUUCAGCUUUAAAUAGAUCCUGUGACAGCGCGUGCCAUUCCUGGUUUGUGGACUUGAUGGUGGUGUAGUCCUCUGCGUAAAUUG